AUGCCUCUAAACACAGCUUGUGUUGGCGCCAGCGUCGCUCCGACGAUGCUAUCAACGUGGCUCGCUCAUUAUAUCGACAGAAAAACCCGGCACCUCAAACCCACCGCUCACAUUUCCUACGACGAAGGUCUCAAUAUCGUCCGGGCCUUCCUUAAACAUGCCGCGCACCACACAGUCGAAGACUUGCAAGCCUUCACCGCCCAAAAGAUCCCCUCACCAACGUGGGUCAAGGUUCAGGAACAAGUCAUCCCCAGCGAGCACUUAACCAAAGCCGCGGACCAUGUAAAUGCGCAAUUAGGCGAGCGAGGCAUAAAGCGCGUUGGUGGUAAGACAUGGUGGCAAUGGCGUGGUCAGCAGGGUGACCUGAAAUGCGAAUGGAUUGAGAUGAAGAGCGAUUAUAGGGCGAGGAAGCAGGCGAAUGCGCAUUCUGCAUAUCGCCUGUCGCCACAAUUCCCUUUUCCAUACCCAACGGAGAUUAUCCUGGCUGGCGACUCUGCUGGUGGCGGCAUGGUACUUGCCAUGUUGGUUAUCCUCCGUGACCAGGGUAUCCCACUACCUGCUGGCGCGAUUCUGAUCUCUCCAUGGGCAGACCUGACGCACUCCUUUCCAUCCGUUGCAAGGGCUAGCAAUUUCGACUACAUCCCAGAGUAUGGCUUCUUGCAUCGUCCGUCACCGAGCUGGCCACCACCAAACUCAGAUGAUUUGGCGUACAUUUAUCAGAAUGCCCACCAGAAAGAGCCGGGCAAUAUGGUCAAUCGUGUGCAAACAGAUGGAAUUGGGAAAAUGAACAACUACGACGAGCAAACCGCAAUUCAAGGAUUCACCGUCCGGGAGGAAGACACAGCGGGUGCUACCCAUGCAUAUCCCGGUUUACACAGUGGCAUCAGCCAAGUCGGAGCGGCGGAUGUAGGAACAGCCCAUGCAGACAACAUCGUCGUUCCCAUGCCAGACAAUACUGUCGUCGAGAUCAAGGACCAGAUUCAGAUGUAUGCUCCGAACCGGAUGGUGUCCCAUCCGCUGGUAUCUCCGGUCUUGCAACCUACCCUCGGCGGUUUGCCGCCAUUGUUGAUUCUCACAGGUGGCGGAGAAUUACUUCGAGAUGAGCAAAUCUACCUGGCGCACAAAGCAGCAGAUCCACUGGCCUACCUUCCAGCGGAUAUCUUUCUCGACGAACAUGAUCCAGACAGAACCUUAAUACAUAAGUAUGGGCCAACGAACGUACAAUUACAAGUUUGGGAUGAUCUAUGUCACGUUGCUCCCACAUUGAGUUGGACCAGACCUGCAAAGUUCAUGUAUCGCUCCAUUGCGCAGUUUGGUGCAUGGGCCCUGGCACACGCUCAACAUGCGGAGAUCGAUAUUCCCGAGGAUGAUGGCUCCUCUAAUCCGAGUGAAUCAGCUUCGACGUCGGACAAUGAAGACAAUGAAGAGCCGACAGCAUCCGUGGGGAAGGCAGGAGAUCCCUUACCCCCUUUCCGAAAACACAUUAUUCGACAGAGAGUUGACAGACAUGGUAUGGUAUGCCAUCUCGACCCCCCUCAAUCUUUGCCUGCUCUUCAACACCCGCGUGAAAAAGUCGGCGCCCUGAAUCCUGAUAUCGUCAAGAAAUGGAUGGGUGCAAAGAAGGCGUGGGACGAGAAAUUCGCAAAGGAGAAACUCGCAGUUCAACGUCGUCGAAUCAAGGAUUUCGAAGCGGGGUAUUUCGGGUUUGAUGGCGAGCUCCCUCCCGCAUGCUCCAUGGCUAGUAGACGCAUGGAGAAGGACCUGAAUGCAGCCAAGAUACGCAAGAGUUAUGGCAUGAUGAUGUGGUCUCUUCUUGCUAGUAAGCAUGACAAGGAUAUCGUCACGAGAGAGGCAAGGGAAGAUACCAUUCCGCAUAUCACCAAUAAACCACGGGAAGGUCAGAAGGGUCAGGGAGGUACAGAUAGCAUUGUGCAAAAGACCAGAUCACGACAGGAGGAGAGUAUCUCAGCACCAGGUCGUUGCGAAUUGUCUCCUUUUCCUGUUGGGGAACGAUCUCAUAGUCGUUCUCGUAGUCGGUCACGAAUUGUGAGUGAUGCCGGUCAAGUCAGAGAACAUGACACCGAUCAAUCCGAAAGCACCUCCAUUCCUGUCGUACUCGAUUCCUCGAGUCAACAUCCACGCGGACGCCGAAUCGUCUGA